AUAUUGCAUCCCAGACAUAUUAACGACAAGCCGAAAAACAACUGUCGUAUUUAGCCGAAGAUGGCGGCUGCUAUGGUCCGCCAGCACAGCGGACAGAGAUUUCGCAGUGGAAGAUUCAGAGGGAGACAUGGCAGUGGAGAAGAAAAUGUACAACUAGAUUUUGCCAAAGAGCCUGUAGAAAAUGUGAAAGAAAUUUUGACAUAUGUGAUAAAAGAACAUUCUUUUUCCAAAGCUAAGAAGCUUGGUUAUCUGAAUGUUUUUGUAAAACUUAUCAAUAAAUGUGGAGGAACAGCAAACUUGGGAUUCCCUCUGCGGAGCAUCUUAAUAUGUUUAAGUGUAAAUCUGCUACAUGCACCUAAGGAAGUUCGAGCUGGGACAUUACGUGUUAUCAAACAUUUAUUAACAGAUGAUGAAUCUGUCCAGGUUCUACUGGACUUACAUUUGGAUUAUUUUAUUGCAAGAUCAUUGGACCUGUGUCUUGACAAUGAAAUUGAAAGAAUUCACGCCCAAAAGUUGGCUAGAAAAUUUUCAUCUGAUCUUCCUUCCAAGAUGCCAAGGUCAUUGGUUCAACCUCUUGUUGCUAUUGGUAAUGAUGGAGUCAAUGAAAGGGACAGAAUGGUUAGAGCAUCACUAGCUUGUAUUUGUGAAUUAACAUACCACAACCCAGACCUAGUUGCUCAUUGUGGUGGUAUAAGCAUGUUGUUACGUAAGAUUUUAGAUUGUCAUCAGUAUCCACGUAUCAAUGAGUCUAUUGUAUCAACCAUACUACAUCUUGUUAAUUUCCCAUCUACCAGGCAUUUUGUGAGAUUUAAUACAGACUUAGAGCAAUUGAUAGCUCCGUUUACAGAUUGCCAUUUUAGUUAUUCAGGGGAAUCACUUGAACAGACAAGUGAGGACAGAGAUGCCAGAUUUACAGCAAGCAAGAUGGCUGUCAUUACUGUCAUGAGAUCAUGGCCAGGAAUCAUACGUUUCUGUCGGCCAGAUGGUACAGGGUUACAGUCACUUGUUGGAAUCCUCUAUCUUCCAUUUACAGAUAUUCGACAAGGGAUAGUUGAGUUGAUAUAUGAGCUGUUCCAUAUCUCACUGCCUAAAUGGACAACUAACUUCAAUGAGGCCCUUAUUAGUAUUGAUCCGUCCACUAUGAUAGAAAAUUGGCAUCUCACUGAAGGUUUUUUGUUGCUAACGAGGGCAAAAACUAUUUUUCCACAUACUUCUACUGUUAGGCCUAAUUUAGUAGAAAAUCAUCUAGCUUUGCUGUUGUCAGCAUGGAUAGGUGCUGGUAUAUUAGAUGCAUUAGUUGAAGUUAUCAUAACAUCAGAGGAUGAACUGUUUAUUCGAGCUGUGAUACUUUUAGCUGAACUUUUACAUUUGGCCAAACAGUUGUUACCACCAGAAUGUAGUCAUCACAGUCAUUACCUCCCCUCACUGAUGGCACUCGCCUCAUCAUUUGAUAUCUCAGACAGUCAAAGACACCAAGCCAGUUUAGCGGUGAAUUACUUAGAUAGAAUCCAUGUGUUAAAGAAGAGAGGACCUAUACCAUGUAGCUUGUAUCUAGACCAGCUUGUGAAACAGUCGGAGAGCUACAAAGAUAGACCCCAGUCUCUGAUCAUGCAGAAAGAUAAACUACUAGACAUGCAUAUUAGAAAG